CAAUGAUAAUACCAUAAUCGGAAUCCAGUCAGCUGUUAUGUCAAGUGAAUAUCCUUAACCAACAAAAUAAGUAAAAAUAAGUUAAUUAAUUGGCCUUAAUAAAGAUUUUCUUGAUAAUAUUGUGAUCUUCCAGUGUAUACACAUUAUCAUACGAACGUACAGAUAAAAGAGAUCCUCUUUAAAAUCUAGUUGACUGAAUUCAAGAAUGAUAUUGUAGCAGUAUUAUUACUCUAUAUACUUCCAAGAUGUUCAAAGAAAACGAUAAUGCUUCUGGGGGUUGUAAUGGUGCACCACCACGUGCUCGACGCUUUCCACGAUUUUCCUUAAGGAGAUUAUUAUAUUCGAGCCCUCUGAUUGGUCGAAGAAUAGUUCGUGCCCCUAGUUCAGGCAACAGAAACAAUACUAAAGCUAAAGAUCCAGCGAGCAGUAGAGUAUUUAUUGAAGCCAGAGUAAGUAAUGGUUCAAGCCAUUAUCAAUUUUACAACAUAGACCUACAACGUGCUUCCAGCAAAGGCUCUGUACUUUCUUCUGCCGGAAAGAGCAAUGAAAGCGGAUUAAUGGAAUGCCCGUUAUGCUUAGCCGAUCUACCGAUCGAAUUAUUUCCUGUAAUACAAUCAUGUCAUCAUCGUACCUGUUAUGAUUGCUUCCAACAAUAUCUUAAAAUUGAGAUUUCAGAGUCAAGGGUUAAUAUAGCUUGUCCCGUAUGUUCAGAACCACUUCAUCCAAAUGAUAUUCGAAUGAUCCUAAACGAUUCAGCUCAAUUAGAAAAAUAUGAGGACUUUAUGGUACGAAGAGUCCUCGCUGUUGAACCCGACGCAAGAUGGUGUCCUGCACCAGAUUGCAGUUUUGCUGUAAUUGCCAGUGGUUGUGCUUCAUGUCCAAAAUUACGAUGCGAACGACCUGGUUGCGAUUCAUACUUUUGUUAUCAUUGUAAAGCACGAUGGCAUCCUAAUCAAACGUGCGAUGCAGCUAGAGCACAGCGUUCACAAUAUUAUGAACGUAGCUCCUCGCUUAGUUUCAGUCAAAGUGAUUCACAACACAGAGAUGAUAUUAAACCAUGUCCAAGAUGUCAAGCUCUUAUCGUUAAAAUGGACGAUGGAAGUUGUAAUCAUAUGACAUGUGCCGUUUGCGGAGCCGAAUUUUGUUGGCUUUGUAUGAAAGAAAUCAGUGAUCUCCAUUAUCUAAGUCCUUCUGGCUGUACUUUUUGGGGUAAAAAGCCAUGGUCCAGAAAGAAGAAAAUUCUUUGGCAAUUAGGAACUCUUGUUGGUGCUCCUGUUGGAAUUGCUCUUGUCGCUGGUAUAGCGGUCCCUGCAAUGAUUAUCGGCAUUCCUGUAUGGGUAGGAAGAAAAUUAUACACAAGGUAUAAGAAAGCCAACAAGCACAAGAGAAAUGCUUUUAUUGCAGGUGGUGUUACUGCAUCGGUUUUAGUAUCGCCUGUAUUGGCAGGCUUAGCAGUUGGAAUUGGUGUACCCAUUCUUUUGUUCUACGUCUACGGCGUGGUUCCGGUUUCUUUAUGUCGUAGUGGUGGCUGUGGAGUAUCCACUAAUGGUACCGGCGUCCGAUUCGAUUUCGAUGAUGAAAACGAAUUGAUGGGUGCCUUGGGCGUUCGUAAUGCUGGUGACGCUGCCUCGAUAGACGUAGCCAGUCAUCGUGGUGGUAAUCCUUCUAUAGGAGAAGCAUCAUUAUCAUUGGGUAGCGGCAGCCAAUUGGAAAAAUUGGGCCGAGAAAAUGAUCGUGAGAGCGCGAGCAAUGUUGCUCUAGCUGGUACCAGUCUAGCAGGAAGUAUAGCUUCUAGCGUUCUUCCCGGUGGUCAGAGAUUGGAAGUCCAGGCAGAUGUAACUUCAACGCAAAGAUGUAGUUUAUGCAGCGAAACAGCAUCGGCUGCUACAAGCCUAUCCGAAAAGUCUGUAAAUGCUUCUAUAGCUCUCGACGAUGGAGCAGCAUCGACUAGAGCAUUAUCAGGUUCUGUUCUUAACUUCAAGAUGGACAGUAACUCGAUUAGCGGUGGUAGAAGUACUGAGGGAGAUCAUACAGGAAAUUCUAAUACCGGAGGUCAUAUGGACUCAGCUGGGCAAGCAACUUCUUUGAGUUCUUUAGAGGAGGUAGUACCGGGUUUAGCUAAACGUACGCGUCGCAAACCGCCAUUGGAUCGGCAGCACAGCGAUUCGAGCAAUUGGACCGUAUGUGGUGAAGAUGGUGGAUCUGAACGUGUACGGUUCGACGAUCACGUUAGUUUUAUUGAGGCGGAUAGAGACCAAACCAGUACUGGAGCACAGUGCAAUGCCAAUAAUAGGACUGGUGGUAGACGGAAACGAAAUAAAGAGGUAGAACAGGAUUUAGAAACUCAAAAGCUAUCAAAGAAUUCAAAUAAAGAAUUGAAUAAUGAUACUUCGAUCGAGGAUCAUCCAUCCAUAGAACGCAUUAACGUUGCUACAUUGAGAAAUGUUUUCUUUCAUAGUUCGACGGUAUCUACGGAUCGUGAAAAGAGAUUAUCGGUAAUAGAAGAACCGAUCCCCGUUGUAUUACAAAAUUCUGGAAGUAGUCAUGCAUUUGCUCCUUGCGACGAGGAACGUAUUAGGAACGAAAGUUCACAGUCUUAAAGAGAAUUAACAAAAAAAACAAAGAAAAAAAAAAAAAGAAAAAAGAAAGAAAGAAAGAAAGAAAAAUAAUGAUAAUAAAAAAAUAAAAAACAAGAAACGAAAUAAAAAUAAUACAAAACAAAGGAAAAAAAAAGAGAAAUAGAAAAAUUAACAAAAAAUGAAAAAAAAAGAAGGAAUAAAAAGGAAAAAAAAAAGAUAUAUUGAGAAAAAACGAAGACUGAGUACGAAUGUAGCAAUAUACAUACGUCUCUCGAAGUAUCUGGAUAUAUAUAUACAUAUAUACAUAUAUACAUAUAUAUAUAUAUAUAUAUAUAUAUAUAUAUAUAUAUUUAUAUAUUUAUAUAUAUAUAUAUAGGAUGCGUUUUACAUAUGCACCAAUUUAGUGCAUAAUGUAUGAUAAUAAUACGCAAAUUUAAUCACGUAAUUUGUACAGUCAUGUACACAAAACGUAUCACUAUAAUAAUACUAUACGCGUAAUGCAGGGAGCAGGAAAUGAGAAAGAAAGAAAGAAAGAAAGAGAAAGAAAGAAAAAAUUAAUAAUCGAUUUUUUGCAAUAAACAGUACCAUCUUCUCCCCCUCACCCCCUGUGCAGUUGUACACUAUCGUACCUGCAUGUGUUAUGUAUUUAUAUAUAUAUACGUCUGUGUAUAUACUUAUAAUUGCAAUCCAGAGUUUAGAAAUGAUGAAAGUCAUAAUCUCAUGUGGUAUUUUUAUUGUAUGCCCAUAUAUAUCCCGGAUCGAGUAUAAGUUUUAUACCUGAUAAAAAAAAAAACAAAAAAAAAAAAAGCAAAAAAAAAACAAAGAAAAAGAAAAACAAAAAAUUACGUAUUUCGUUACUCGACGAUUGAAUUGAUUAUAAGGUUUUAUUAUUUCGAUUUUGUUGUAGCUUUAUUCCUAAUUCACGAUUCAGAAUAAUUUCUCUUUUUGAUUAAGAAAAUAAGUAAGAUUAUGUAUGUAUAUACGAUCAUCUAAAAUGAGUUUUAUAUUAAAAAUAGGAUAAACUUUGCAUUUUAGAGCUAAACUUUUUUUUUUUUUCUUUUUUUUCCACAUAUACCAGAAGAUCUUUUUCGUUAACGAUCUGUUUAUUUUCUUCGCUCUUGUUUCUUUUUUCUUUUCUUUCUUGACUAUGACAUCACUUGGAUUUUAGUUUUGAUCAUUCCCAUUUUACAGAACCUUUUGUGAUCUGGUAAUGAUGAAAGUAACUCCAUAAUUUUUAAUCUUAAGGAGGUAUUGUAGAUAUGCCUUUAUACACACACACACACACACACACACACACACACAUCAUAUAUGCUAUUCUUUAAAGGUAUAUUUAUAUAUACAUAGAAUUAUAAAUUCUUUUAUUAGUAUUUUGCAUUUUCUUUUAUUAUAGCUUUAUCUUUUUCUUAUAUUAUACCAUCAAUGCGCAGUAUAAUCUCGUUUUGCUUUUUAAUAGGAUCAAUAUUUACGUUGAUAUUUCUUGCCUAUAAAUUUAUACUUUAAUUACAUAUAUAUAUAUAUAUAACAGCAGAGAGUGAUUUUAGAUAAAAGAACAGAGGUAUCGUGUAUAAGGGGUAGUGUCUAUUAAUACUGAAAUGAUAAGUAUUAUAUUAUAAAAAUGAAAGAUAUGCUUUAUAUAAUAUCAUUUGAUAAUUAUUCUCCGUAUAGAAACAUACAUUUCUGAAUGUAUUUACAAUAAUUUAAUAUUGAAUUUACUAAUAUUAUUUCUAUACCAUUUACAGAUUUUGGAAGUGCUGUGCCAUAACUUCAAACUUUUCUCUCGUUCGCACGUAUUUACUUUUCUUCUUUUCUUCUCUUUUGUUUUCUUUUAUAUAUAAAAAUUUGACUUUUCGCAAAUGUUUAAAAAUAGAGGAAAAAAAUAAAAAACGUUUAGAAUAUUAAAACGAAUGAAACUACCAGUUCGUUCUGAUAAAGAAAAUUUAAGUUACUAUAUACAUUAUGACUGAAAUAUCAAUUAAGUAUCACUAAAGUAUAACAUUCAAUUGUAUUAAUAAUACACUUUUCACAAUGGCCAUUUAAAAGAUUAAGAAUUUGCAUACCCUAAUAUCUGUAUUUCAUCAUUAACAUAUAGCAGGACACUUGUCUUUUAGUCUCAUAUAAAAUUAUCAUUCAUAGCAUGUAUAAUUCGAUAUUUGACACUCAUAUUUGUUAAAAAUAUUGAAAGAUAAUAAUGUAUGGACAAAAGUUAUAAGACCUGGAAGUUUUACAUAGUGCAAGCUCUAAUAUAAUAAGAUAAUAGAUAGCAAAAUAUGUGUAAAAUUAAAGGUAUACUGUGCAAUGUAAUUAAAGAAUAAUUUUAAAAUACAAUGAGUAAUCACAGUUUA